GAUGAAGAUCAUAUCUUAGUGUUGCAUGUCGGAUUUAAAAAUUAAGGCCUAUCUGAAUAAACAAAAUUAAUUAGCCUGGAGAUUAAAAUCCAGCUUCUCAAUACAAUCAUUGUCCCAGCGGCCCCCACGCUUCGAGACGUGGAAGGCUGAAACGAGGCUGAGUAGAUGGCUGAGAAAGAUACUAGGAAUAACAUACUGAGAUAAUGUACCCAAUAGAGAAAUAUUUUCCCCUACAGGCCGUCUAAGGAAAGUGGCGACUGAAUGUCGAUUGACAUUUGUGAGACAUAUCACAUUAGACAAGACGAAACACGUUUACCAAAGUCAGACUUAAAGAUGAAAGCCGAAAAGAGGAACGCAAAAACAUGUCUAGCAUGGCGUCACACUUUUUUAGAAGUCCUGAAUUCCGUGGAGCCAGCUGGGAAAGGGCUGUGGAUAGAGCUUGCAGCCCUAUACGUCGAAUGAGGCGUUUCAGUCUAUGUGUUUCUGAACAGUUUAAAAUAAACAAUGCUAGGUUUGCCACUCAACUGGUUAGAUUAGAUGAUUAGAGUGCCUUAAUCUCACUCGUAGUGUUCCGGGACGAAGCCCCGGACGCCGAGCGUUUUUCUACAUUUCUGAGCUUCAGAAACUCUUUUCCUGGUGUCUACAAGAAAUUAUUUUUCUCAAAUUCAAGGUAUUAAUGUUUUAGUUUUAAAAGUUGCAUUUUACUCACUUGGGUGUCACCCCCUGGUGGGUGUCACCAGGUGCGGACCGCACACCCCUAGUGACGCCACUGCGCUUAACCACUCAACCACCGCGUCUACUUAAUUAGACUUAUAAACAAAUGGGCUAAUAGCAAAAAUAAAGGAGAUGUGUUACAUAGAUUAGCUGAUACGCCUAGCGAUAGUGUUAAAAGUUUUGUUUCGUUGGGUACGUCAGCUGUGGGGAGAGGGGUGUUAUGCUCUUCCGCAUUGUAUAGUACUUGAAAAGUCCAACUGGAGGUAACACUGAACUCAAUACUGGAACAGAUAACACCAACGAAAGGCCAACAAUCGAUACAUUGAGUCGACGCUGGUGUUAAAACAGCAAACACUUUGAAUACUUAAGGUGGAUCUAAGGUUAAAGAAUAGUAAGAAAUGACCAAAAUAUCACUUUUUCAUUCUCAUCAUAUUUAUAUUGUACAACCAUUUCUCUAUCAAAUUCAGUUUAUUUGAGGCAAGUAUUCCUUCUAGAAGUAUUUUAAAAUAAUUUUUGUAUUAGGUGGGGUAGUGUUUGUUUACCUUAGCAACGACCAUAAGCAGGUAAAUAUUUUUGUUUUUGUUUUUUUGUAAAUAAUACUUUUUAAUUAUUUUCUAAUGAAGUUAAAAUGCGAUAUGCUUAUAGAUAUAAAGGAAGUAGCUAAGGGAAUGUACUCUAUUACUUCACUGUCCCAGUCAACAAAAGCAUGUUUAUUUUCUGUUGGAUUUUGUGUAAUUUCUAGCAACAUUUUUUCGUUUUGGAUUGCUGCUGGUGAAAGACUCUUUUGUAUAUUUUGAUAUUUAGAUCUAUAUUCAUAUUGCAUUUUUAUUUGUGUAACAAUAAUGGCCAAUAAGCAUAAUAAAAGGCAAAGUUGUGGUAGAAAAAGAAAAUUUCGUGGGAAUAAAUAUACACCAAGUCUGCAAAGUCUAUAGAUAGUAGUAACAAGUAGUACAAGUGAUGAUCAUGGACAAGUUGGUGAACAACAAGAGACACAUCAAGCUGCUUCACCUAAUGUAGAUAUUUCAUCUGAAUCAAGUUUAUCAGAUAAUCCACUGGAUUGUAAUAUCUUUUUAAACCUUGCAUGUUUUAAUAAUUUCUUGGCAAGUUACUUGAUAUGUCCUAAAUGCUUCAACUAUUCUCUAAAUUUGUUUUUGAAUGAAAGCGCAAGAAUUGGAUUUUGUCAGGAACUAAUUGUGAAAUGCACUUCAGCUGACUGCUCAUUUGAAGAAAGCUUUAGAUCUUCUAAAGAAAAUAGAGAUGGUCAAAAAAGAGGAUUUAGGGAAAUAAAUCUCAGAAUGGUAUCAUUGGUAAGAUCCAUAGGUCCAGGUCACAGUGCGCUCUUGAAUUUUUGUCAACAUACAAACAGUCCACCUCCUAUUUCUGAAACAUCUUAUCAAUCUGUAAUGCAUACCAUAGGCCUUGCAUCUAAGAAAGUUGCAGAAGAAAGUAUGGAAAAGGCUGCAAGGGAAGUGAAAGAAAAGGUUGGAAUCAGCAACGAAGAAGGCAUCACUGACUGCGGUGUGAGCGUUGAUGGGACAUGGCAGCAUCGAGGGCACUCGAGCCAUCAUGGCGUUGUUACAGCCAUAUCAAUAGGAACAGCCUCUCAGCACGUCACGACGGAGAAAACAAUCUCUGCAACGCUUCAGAGAGAUACAUUAUGGGUUCUCCUGAUGAGGAAAAAAAGCCUGGGACAGAGUAUAAUCCAUGGCUGUUCUCUCCCUGCAGUGUCAGUUACUUUACCAGCUUUUUGAAGAAAAAAUUGAGCUCCAGUCGAGGUUACACUUGUCUUGUCUACGCUGUCGAAGCAUCAGCAGACAUUCCAGAUGUAUCUGAUAAACUAUUGGGUCAGGUGAUCAAACCUGAUCAACAGUGUCUACAGUUUUUUGGAAAUGAUUCCUUCUUUUGCAGGGCUUCCGAAUCUAAACGCUCUAUCACUGAAAUCUGCCAAGCAAUGUUAUGUGCAGAUGUUUUAAGAGGGUUAUGUAUCCCGCAGAUAGCACUCACUGGAACAUCUUGUGGCGAUGGAAAGGUCUGCAUAAAUGGACAAUGUGUCAGCGACCCAUACGCUCCUCAACUUGAUGAAAACUGUGCAUUUGGAGACAGACCGAGCUAUUCUUGCAGUUUGUUUAUCAAUGACUUUAUGGGCAACUGUUACUCUACUCUUGGCUAUCGAGCAUGUUGUGACACGUGUAACAAUGUGUCUAGGCCCGUGAAAGGCUGUGAAUACGGAGAUAGAAUCAUCGAUUGUACAAAAGAUCACUGCUUGAAUUCUCAAGUGGAUUGCUGUGGCACGUGUAACUAUGGCACCCCCUUUACCCCAACGUACAGCACCAGAAGAAGCACACCUAAAAGAUUAGCCACGACAGCAAAUCCCCUUGUGCUAUUCACUUCAAUUAAAGAUUGUAAACCAGGAGAUCAAGACUUGAGACCAGAACUGUGUACUAACUUUAGCGUCUGCCUAAUACAGCCAACACAGUGCUGUCACUACUGCUCGUCAUAUUACACGUCUGCAACUACAAGUACCACGACAACGAGACCAUUGAUACCAUCCACUUCACCCAAAACUAAAUGUGAACCAGGAGAUCUAGACUUGAGGCCAGAACUGUGCACUAACACUAGUGUCUGCCAGACAAAGUCAUCACUAUGCUGUCACUAUUGCUCGUUACAUUACAAUUCUGCAACUACAAGUACCACACAAUUAACGUCCCCCAACGGAAAUGUCCAGUGGGAAGUCGCCCAGUUGAAUCCAUUACAGUCAAGUCCAGUGGGAAGUCGCCCAGUUGAAUCCAUUACAGUCAAGUCCAGUGGGAAGUCGCCCAGUUGAAUCCAUUACAGUCAAGUCCAGUGUGAAGUCGCCCAGUUGAAUCCAUUACAGUCAAGUCCAGUCCAUUUUGUGCAUUACACCAAUUAAAACAUUAGAACUAUAUAAAAAAACAAAAUAUACAGUAGGCCUAGAUAUUUCGAUCUGCUUAAUUUGCCUUAGCUCUUGUAAGUGGAAACAAUUAUCAUGAUGUCAGUUAUGGUAGAAACUUUGUUUACAAUAAGAAAUUUUAAUGAGGUUUAUAAUAAUAAUAAUAAAGCUUGUCUUCGAGUCUGAAGAUUAAUGAGGAGUGCAGUAUUUCACGUGGGUACGUAGCCCUAACUGUGACCAACAUAUUUUGCCACAAUCAGCCAUUCAGCGCAGACAUAACCAUUGAGUGAGGUUUCUACCAAACACGAAAUGCCUCGUUUCCUGUUUUAUUGAAGUAAUUUUUUUCUUUAUAAUAACAAAAAAUAUUCAACCAUGUAUUGGAAAUGUUUAUUUGUCGGUAUUCUGUUCAGUCCAUAGGUUUGUUGUUUCCUUAUUUAAACUAAUCCACUUUAUCGGUUGCUUAAAUUUUGUUUUGUGAGCUAGAGGUAUUUGUAUUUUUUGACACAACGCACAAUUUAGGCCAUGUCCUGCCCAUAAUCCAUCUUAUCUUAUCUUAUAUAAUACAGACGUUACUUCAAAAAAGAAGAUGAUUACGUCCUACGCGUCAUGCAUUUAGUCAUGCAUAUUAACCAAUGACUUAAAUUCAGCCAAGUCACUGGUUUUCCUGGCUAGCUCCAUCAAAGGAACUAGAGGUCAACAUAUCUAACUUUGAUUAAGUCGUACAAGAAGCAGUACUGUUUACAGUAGUCGAGACAUGAUGAAAGUAAUGUA